AUGGUGGAAGGUGUCCUGGGCUGCCGGCCGGCUGGAGUGAGGGCAGGCGGCAAGGGUGAGGUCUACUGUGCCCCUCCUCCCCAGAUCAUCCUCAACUCCAUGCACCGCUACCAGCCCCGUUUCCAUGUGGUCUUCAUGGACCCCCGCAGAGACAGUGAGCGCUACGCCCAGGAGAACUUCAAGUCCUUCAUCUUCCCCGAGACCCAGUUCACGGCCGUGACCGCGUACCAGAACCACCGGAUCACCCAACUGAAAAUCGCCAGCAACCCUUUUGCAAAGGGCUUUAGAGACAGUGACCCGGACACCUGGCCUAGGGGCCCCCAGCCCCUGCUCAGCAUCCCAGCCCCGACUCGAACUACCCUCAGCCCCUGCCCGCAGAAGGGCCCCAGAGGGCAGGAGAGCGACGCCAACAGAGCUCCAGCCUCCACGUCAAAGACAUCUGCCUGGCUCCACCAGCAGCUGCUGGUCCCCCCUGAGACCCUGCUGGCUCCGCCCACCUCCCGGCCCCUCACCUCUCAGAGCUUUUACUCAAGAGCCCCAACCCCCCUGGGAACCCCAAGGGCCCGAUCAGCACCAUACCCUCUCCCCAACAUCAGGGCUGACAGGGAUCAAGGGCGCCUGUCCUUCCCACAAGGGCUGGGGCUCCUGUACCCCACAGCUGUAUGCCUGGGGCCUGGCCAGGCCCCACAGUGAAAGGGACAGAGCCCUCCUGUCCCAGAGCCACAGCAGCGGAGGGGGACUUGGCCUCCACCCUCCCACUCCCUCCAGCCCCACCUCUGCAGAGAUCCUCACUCACCU